AUAAAUGGGAGGUUUUUUUUGGUGUUGUCCGCACGGUCCCCCGUGCUGCAGUGUGAGCUCUGCAAGGGAGUGAAUACUUUCAUCUCUCUCUAGAACCGUGGGGUGGGGGUUGAAGGUUCCUCUCUCUCUCUAUCUCUCUCUCUCUCUCUCUCUCACCGUCGAUCAUGAUGACGAGCAACAACAGGGAAGAUGAAGAGGUUGUGUCUGAGACAUUCACAUGGGUGAUCGAAAACUUCUCUAAGCUCCAGAACGACAAGCAUUACUCCGACGUUUUCACCAUCGCUGGUUUCAAAUGGAGGAUCCUUGUAUGGCCGAAGGGCAACAAAGUAAAUUCGAAAAUGCAGUUCUCCAUGUAUUUGAGUAUCCCAAGUGCUUCAACUUUGGAAUCUGGCUGGACUAGAUUUGCCCACUUCAGCUUGAGUGUGCUCAAUCAACUCGACAGCAACAAGACAAUCACAAAGUUUACCAAGGGCUCUUAUAAAGAGUUCAAAGAACACACGAGUGAGUGGGGCUUCAGAUCAUUCAUGCUGCUUAGUGAACUUUAUGACGAGACUGCAGGUUAUCUUGUGAAUGAUACGUGCAUUGUUGAAGUGAAGGUCCAUAUUCCAAUAGACCAGCGAGCUAAUAGUUCUGCAGAAUCUGCACUUAUGCAGUCUAUAAAGAAAGAGCAUGUUGGGCAGGAACGUUCACAUGUGCAUUCUGUGCAAACUGUAGAGUCUUCUCCAGCACCUAUUAUGCCAAGUUCAGAACCGCUGACUCCUUUCCAAGAAACAUCAGGCCCUGAACAAGUUUGCGCUAAGGCUAUUAUUAAAAGCCUUCCUGACCCUUCUCUGGUCAAGGAGUUUGGGGAAGUUCCCACCAAACCAACAGGGGGAGUCAAGGAACUAGGGGAAGUUCCCACCAAACCAACGGGGGAAGUCAAGGUCAAGGAGCUUGGGGAAGUUCCCACCAAACCAAUGGGGGAAGUCAAGGUCAAGGAGCUUGGCGAAGUUCCCACCAAACCAACGGGGGAAGUCAAGGAGCUUGAGGAUGUUCCCACCAAACCAGCGGGGGAAGUCAAGGAGCUUGCGGAAGUUCCCACCGAACCAACAGGUGAGCUUAUGGAUUUUCGUGGGUUGGGACUAAUAGAGAAAGCUUUCGUCCCACUGCUGGAGGAAGCUUGUACAGUGCAUCCUUCGUUGAUUGAGUGCGUACGUAAGAAGAAUCGCAAAGUUAUUGAAUGUGCUUUGACAACUCUUGGAGGGCUCUUGCAUUUUCUUAAAACAAAAAAGGUGAAGGAUAUGAAUGAGGAUGCCUUUGCUCAGCUUCGAAGUUUAUGGGAGGAUGUCGAGAUGUUCAGAUUUGACUUGGGGUGGCUGGAACCACUUGUUCAAUCUGCUUUGGGUAAGAAGAAGUUUCUGGAAAGGGCAAGGAGAGUGAAAAGGCUGAGGGAUGAUGUUGAAGUUUUGGAUAAUGAGAAGAAAAGGCGGAGUGCUGCACUUGUGGUUACAGAGGUAGAGCUUGAGGAAGCAAAGAGAGAGCUGGCAAAGGAGGAAGAGGGCUUCAACGAGAAAGAUAUGGAUUCUGAGCUAGCUGUGGUGAGUUAGCCUUAUUGUAGAAGUUUCUCUUUGACAUAUGAGAGAGAUAGACAUGGGUAGUGAGUGAGUCAUGGGAACCGUUAGCCUUAUUCUAGAAGCUAUCUUAGAUAUGAGUAAUAGGACGGAUGUGCGGGGAUAUAUAUUUCAUGAUUUAGUACUAAUUUGGUGCACCUCCAUCAACCCCCUGGUACUAAUUUGCUAGAAGAAGAGAUCUCAAGUUCGAAUCUAACAGUCUAAGAAGAAAAAUAUUUUGCAUGAUC